AACAACUCCAGCGUCUCAAUUUCCACGACUACGCUCCCCACCACAAUGUCGAAGAGACAAGCUGAGAUUCCUCUAGACGAGAACUAUCCCGGAUCGCCUGCCUCGAAAAAGGCACGCGUGGAGGAUGACGCUGAAUUCCCCAACGGCAGCGUACCUGCGCAACAACCCGACGACCGCGCGCUGGCACCAGAGAAGCGCAAUGAUGCAGAUAUCUCGACAACCACAGAGUUAGAGGACCAGGAGCUGCAGGAUGGGGUGCAGGACGUUUCAGAGUCCUCGGAUUUCGAUGAAGAGAUAUCCGCUCUCAGCGCGCCAAAACGACAAACUCAGCCCAUGGAAGGCUACGAUGACCUCUAUCUUGACACCGUCAAUCGCGGAGUGUUGGAUUUCGAUUUCGAGAAGCUCUGCUCGGUCAGCCUCUCUAACAUCAAUGUAUAUGCCUGUCUCGUCUGUGGCAAAUAUUUCCAAGGUCGUGGACCCAAGUCGCACGCAUAUUUUCAUUCCCUCGAAGACAACCAUCAUGUCUAUAUCAACAUGGGAACGAAAAAGGUUUAUGUCUUGCCGGAGGGGUACGAGGUGCAAAAUAAGAGCUUGGAGGAUAUCAAAUAUGUGGUCGAUCCUGUCUUCACCAAAUCGGAGGUCGCGAAGCUGGACAAGGAAGUCCAUGAUGCUUGGGACCUUUCAGGGUCAAGAUACAGACCAGGAUUCGUUGGUAUGAACAACAUCAAGGCCAAUGACUACCUGAAUGUUGUCGUCCAGCUUUUGGCACACGUUCAUCCCAUCCGAAAUUUCUUCCUUCUUCACCAAUUCCCCACACCUGGAACCCCCGAGCUCGCUCUUCGCUUCAGUACUUUAGUACGCAAGCUCUGGAAUCCAAAGGCAUUCAGGUCCCAUGUUUCGCCGCACGAACUGCUACAAGAGAUCGCCUUGCGGUCAUCGAAGCGUUUUACCCUCAGCCAACAGUCCGACCCUGUGGACUUCCUAUCGUGGUUCCUGAACAACCUCCAUCUUUCUCUGGGUGGUUCCAAGAAACCGUCAUCUAAUCCCACAAGUGUCAUCCAAGCUGCUUUCCAGGGUCGGCUUCGGAUCGAAAGUCAGGCUAUUACCGCACACUCCGAUACCCAAAAUGCCCGCCUCGUCUUCACGGAAUCUGGUGACAUCAAAAGCCAAGUCACGCCCUUCCAAAUCCUCACUCUCGACCUUCCUCCCACACCACUUUUCCAAUCAGCGAACCGGGAAUCUAUCAUUCCACAGGUGCCCCUAACUACUCUACUGAACAAGUAUAACGGCCGCGAGGCAUCCGAAAAGAUGGCGCAUCGUGUCCGACAUCGCCUCCUCCAUCCCCUGCCGCCUUACCUCUUCUUCCAUAUCAAACGAUUCAGCAAGAACCGUUUCGUUAGCGAGCGCAAUCCCACUAUCGUGACUUUCCCCUCCCCGCGCUCCCUUGACAUGUCACCAUAUGUCGAGCCCAACCCAUCUGUCUGCCCACCUAGUGAGCCAAUUCUCUACGAUCUCGUUGCCAACAUCAUCCUCGACCCCUCGAUCGCUGCACCUGGUGCCACCGAAGAUGCAGCCGAUAAGGGCGUGAACGCUGCCUCUGGUGCUGGUGGCUCCUCGUCGGGAGCCGGUGCAGCCACUGAAAAGGUCUCUUGGCUUGUACAGUUGCACGACAAAGCUGUAUCCGCGGAGAACGCGAACCAUACCGGUGGCUCAGAGCAACAGCAACGGAACUCGGAGUGGCUUGAGAUUCAAGAUCUAUUCGUCAAGCGUGCGGAGAGCGAGACUCUAUUCACACGCGAGGGCUACUUGAUGGUCUGGGAACGGAGAAAAGCUCCCGCACAGAAGAGCAAGGGCAAGGCAAAGUAAUCUAUCAAUUUGAUCAUACUUGGGAGUUAGAUUGGAUGAUUGUAUCAAAUACGGGUGACUGGGCAGCGCUUUUUUUCUUUCCCGACGUUUAGAUGGACAGACUCAAGUUUCUAUUCACGUCCUUUGUCAAACUGGUGUACUACUAGAAAAUAUGAUGAAUUAACGCUUACUAGUACGCCGCCUUGAACCAUGUAGACUAUCCAAUGUCGAUGCACACAAAUUCACUGCUCACCCCACAAAAUGCAAGAUUUCCAAAUAAACCAUUCAAACCUAGGCCAGCAUGGCUAUCACAGCGUCCCCCAACCACAAAACUUUCGGCCAAUUCUCAUCGUUGAGCCGACCAAGAAUCCCCAAACACCUGCUCUGAGAGCAGCCUGCAUCCCUCGCAUGAGGAUCAUUCUACCGCUGUACGCGAGAAUGUCGGGCCCAGAGUUGCCGCCAAACCAUAACCCAACGGGAUGGAGAUCCGAUGCCCCGACCAUCGCGGAAGGAUGCGAAGUUAGAUAAGAAUGAGCCAAUGAUCGAAGACAUAAGGAUUCUAUCGGCGAGAGAAUAAUGGUGCUGAUGAAAGCGGCAAGAUGAGACGCGAGCGAAUCCACGGGGUGGGCAGAGAGAAGGGUAACUCGAUGAGCGCCAGACAGACCAUGCGUCAAUGCUUGCCCUGAGAUACGAGAGCCAAUGGGUGGGAGUUGGUCAACGGGGGCCGCUCGGGUUUCUGCAUUUUGUGUAUUUUCCACAAGUGAUAAUGGCUGCCCAUCGCCUUCCUCCUCGGCUGGUACUUCCACCCCAUCUGGAAGAAAAUUAGGUAUAUUUGAGGCCGCAGUUUCUUCGACAAGGUCAGAAGGGGUUUGGUUGGAAGUUGUACUCGGUUGAGCUGGGUUCGGGGGAAUAGGGUCAAGGGCAGGCAUUUCUUGAGGACUUAUACUGCUUGCUUGGGUGUUCGUGUUCGAUAACUCAUCAUGCUCUGUUGACAACGGCGAUUGUGAAGCCUGCUGCUGGGCUUGACUCAAGAUCAGCGCUUCAAGGAAAUCAGCAAUUGAUCUUCGAUCCAUGGAGGUUGAAGGAGGGCGCAGCCCUGUGGUCCCGCGACCCAUCCUUGGAAGAGACGAAUUGCCGGUUGGAGUCUGGUUUUGGGCAUUGCGGUUGCGGUUGCCUAAAAGCUCUAGCUGCAUUGUGAUAAUGUCGGAGCUCUGAUGAAUCAACGAGGCCCGAACCCGUGGCGAAGUAGGCGGUGAUGUGUCAGGAGAUGAUGGACGAGAAAACAGGGUAUUAGCACGAGAACUAUGUCGGUCCCUCGUUGCACUACUUGCGCUAUCCCCUAGUUGAGCAUUGCUGGGAGGACUUUGCGAUAUAGAGUUUUGGGAGGGCGCACUCGUCCUACCAAGCGUUGCCAUUUCAGAGAAGUAAUCGCUGCUCAUCUCUCCAGGAGAUUGUGAGAUUCGAUUUUCGUUUGUGAGGACUUGAUUGAUGCCCAGUUCCAACUCCUCUGUCAUUUGAUCGUCCUCUGCGAUCGUUGGCAGGUCAAGACGUGUCAUAUCAACCGCGGUUGUGCGAGCAAGCGCACCGGAGAGCCUGCUCAAAGCUGCAUCAGAUGUUUCUCCGGCAAGGUUGUUCCGAAGCUGGACUUCUUCAAGCUCAUGCUGCAAAGAUUCAAUUGAAUUUCGAAGAUUCUGUAUUCUCUCCUGAUUCAAGAUAUCGGGAGCUUGCUGCUCCAAGGUCGGUUUUGACAAAAGGCCAAAAAAGGAGAACAGCCAAUGCUGGAAAACAGAUAAUUCACACUUGAUAUCUUCAAGCAGAGGAAGUCGCGCGCGGCGGGUCUCUUCCUCUGAACGACGCCCUAGAGUGGGCACAACCCAAUCGACGAGGUUCUCAUCAUACGCAACCCGAAUCGAAAGCUCAUCUGCAAGCAUUGGCUUAGGCAAUUGGCGACGGAUCAGUCUAUAGAUUCGUUCUUCGAGAUUUGGGCGUAGAUAGAAAGCAUGGAGGAAAGUCAAGACUCCAGGGGAAGCCAAGAGUCGUACGAUAAAUCCCCCGAUGGAUACGAGAGAAAGGUCAGUAGGUAGCGAUGGCAUCUGUAUGAGAGACUCCUCGCCGAAGGGAAUCAAAAGCUGAGUGCUGGGUGUCGAGUUUGGGGGUACAAGGGCGAGGGUUUGAAGCAACGAGUACAUAUAUGCCUCGACAGAAAGAAGGAGUAGUGUGCUCCUUACCCUGUGAAGUGAUUAAUCUCUUGGACUCCAUCAGAGGAUGAUGAGGGCUUACGUCGUGAAUGUCAGUAUGAACAGUGACCGGGCUCCAAGUGAGAGCUUGUCAUUGCCUCUGAAAUCAAGCAAGUAGUCCCGGGCUGUCGCAAACACACGCUUCAAUGGAUUAUCUCGGGCUAUCGCUAGCCCACUGGACACUGCCCAUGCAGGUAUACCAGCAAAGUAGAAGCCGAGGACGCCUGUUGCCCCACGUUCUGAUCGAAUCACAUCAAGCAGAGCAUCGUGGGUAUAAUGUUUGUA